AUGUUUCAGAUGGAACAUCGCUUCAAAAAAGUCAACUACGACGGAAUAAAAUGUUCUGUAAUUUUGGCCACGAAACGUUUUCUUUCGUUCUUUAUCCUGCUAUAUUUUGGUGGAAGUCUUGUUGUUGGCAACAAAGAUAUUCCAUGUUGUCACGAGAUUUGGAAAGAUCUUGGAAACGAUAUGGUAGACUGGCGCGAGCGAUGUUUGGAUGGAGAUAACGAAAUUAAUUCUUCAUGUUGUCAAGCGGAAAAAGAAUAUUUUGAAGAAAGGAGACGCAACCACAGACAAAUGUGUUUUUAUGAAGGUAUAGAAUGAUAGUAAUGAUUAUGAUUUGAAGUGUUAAAGGAGCUGCGCAUGCAUGCAUCAUACACGGUCCACGCGCAGUUUCGAUGUCUCUGCAUUUUCUUUACGAUUGGUUGAUGUGAGAUAUAUCAUAUAGCCUACAACAUGUUUGUUCCACGCAGCUUCCUGCUAAUGAACUUCAUCAGCGAAUAUUCCACCGUAGUUAUUCGGAAAGUCAGGGUGAUUCCCUCUCUACGGCAACGCAGAAUUUAAAUUCGGGAUACACAUCAACUUUAUACACCUUAAAUUGGAUAUGUAAACUCACGCAACUAAUUGGCGAAAUAUUAAUUUCAAAAGGAUUUGAUUUAAAUUUAUAUAACAACUCAACCAAAGAGCGUAAAACACAAGUGUCCCAUUACUAGUUCUCAGUCCUUAGCUUUGAGUUCUAGAACUUGGAAUUAAUUGACCACUUGCGUAAUAGACUAAAUUUUGAUCUAGACAAAAAUUUCAUCACAGCUUGAAAGAGCAUCACAAAAUUAGUAAUAUUCCAAAGUUUCGUUGCGAAAUGUUGUAAAAUGCGGAUAAUAUAGCCUUGCGAAGUUUGCAAUUUUCAGUCAUUUUAGAUUACAAACGGGAAAUUGACAGCCCCAAAGGGUAUCCGUCCCUUAAAUUAUCCAGCAGCUGCGUAACUUAAUUUGGGGGAAAAUGUUAAACACUUUUUUCAAACAGUUUGUACAUGACAUAUCGUCUAAUUUGUCUCUUUCGACACUCUAAUAUCUCUUUAGAUAUUGUUUUACAAAAGUAACUUACUUUUUCAACUUACUUGAAGCCAUUACAGGGGUGAAUAGGUUUUCGGAUCGUCGGAUUUUACAGAAAAAAUUGUUCGGAUUUCGGAUCUGGCUAAUAUUUUACACGGAUUUGCGGAUCUUAUUAAUACCGCGGUUGCGGAUUUAUCUAAUAUUUUGGCUCGGAUUGUGGAUUUGGCUUGCAAUUUAGUUCGGAUCCUGGAUUGUGACUUCAUAGAGCUUUUAGUGGAUCCAAAUUUAGACAAGACCAUUGUCGGUUCGCGGAUUUUGCUUCAAAUUUGGGCAGAUCGGCGGAUUUGUAUACCCCCCUCCCCAUUACAAAAUACAUAUGAUUUAUUUAUUUAGAAUAAAAAUCUUUUGCAGGUCCAUUCCCAGAGCCUUACCUUCUUGCAGUCAGUGAAACACGAAUAGCAGUUGUUGAUAUAACAUCUAAUUAUUCAACAGUCGUCGUCGAUGAACGUCACAGAAUCGAAAACUUGAUCAUUGAUCCCGUUGAGGAGAACAUGUAUUUCAAAAGUGGGACAAAAGUGUACAGAGCGAAUUUUGACGGCUCUGAUAAAGAAGUAAUUCAUCAAGAUAAAGAAAAUGCUAUUCGAUUAUUUGCACUCGACUGGCUAGGCAGACACAUGUUCUGGGUGAAUUCAAAGGGAGAGAACAUUUUAGUUGUGGGUAAUGUGAACUUCUAUAGCGGAAAAAAUAUCCGUGUCAGUGAAGACAAAAUUGCAAGUUUGGCUGUAGAUCCUAAUACAGGGUGAGUCGCGGGGCAUUUGCCAAGGACAUGGAUCAUUGUUUUUGCUUGAUAAUAUUCAACACUAACAACUGACAAGACCAGCCAAGUUGUUAUGUUCUGGGCCUCUUGCUAUCUUUAAAACAGGGAAUGGGGAAUCCGGGAAUUGGGGUAUGGAUGCAAUGGUGAAAUAAAAAAAGAAUCUGUCCUGUAUGAUCUAAUUGUUGUAUACCGUGACGUCCGGACUCAGGGUGUACUGUGUACAGGCAAAAAGUUACGGGGCAUGUGCAAUACACACACGACCUGCAGAAUAUCCAUUUUCACCUACGAACAGCAUGUAUCAGGCAAGAUACCCUAAUUUUCCUAGUGCUAGUGCUCUCAUCGUACCAAGCGAAUUAUACAUGACACUUUUGUUUGGAACACACGCAACGACUAAAUGCAGAGUUUGGUUGAGUGCCUUAUUAAUUCCUGCAGAAAAACUACGUACAUUGGAUCGUAUUUAAAUUAAAUUACAGCAUAUUAUGCUGUAUUGCUGUGUACCAUUGAGUUAAAAUAAUUUUCUGUUGGUUAUUCAUGGGUUAUUAACUUGUGCAUUGUGCAAGGAACAAAAAUAUUUGAUAGUGGAGUAACAAAUAAAAAUUAUAGACUUUUUAGCUCACAGAAUUAUUUUAUGAUAUAUGAUUGGCACGACUGUCUGCCAUGAUUAAAAAUGUCCACUUUUCUCGUCUUUUUCCUAUCGGUAUUGUAGCCUAGCAAGAUUCUGUGUAAACCCAUGCACUAAUCAACUACCAGUAUAUAUAAAUUGCAACUUGAAUUCAUUUCAUAAUUUAUUUCUUUAUUUGAAAAACGGGGAAUCCCGAUUCCCGGAUUCCCGAUUCUAUUGCAUGAGUAUUGUUUAACUGUUGUUUUUAUCUGUUUUACAAAGAAACAAACAAUUUCGUAAUUAGCUAUCCCACUCAGUUUUUAGCGUUGUCGGACAGAUGUGUUAAAACAUUUUCUGAUUGUAAAAGAAAUGAGCCGAAAUGUGUGAAAUUUUCUUAUAAACCAAUUAUCCGGGAUAUUUUUGUCCUGGAGUUUUGUCGACAGGGCCGUUUUCGGGUUUUGUGAUCUGAAGCCUUUGUCGACAUUUCUCGUGGAAUACUAGCCUGCGCCACAAACUAUAAUGACAAUAUAUGGUUCAUGUCAAUUCACAACCAACACAACAUGAACUUUCAUUUAUAGUUUUUCAAACGUUUCACAUUUACAUGUCACGGGCGCAUAGUUCUAAAUUAAAGAAAUUUACCAACUUCACGUAACUGAUUUAUAUUGUUGUCUACUUAGAUAUAUUUUUUCUAAAAAUGGUGGAUCAACUCUGGCGCGAACCAAUUUUAUCGGAGAGGAUCAUAAGAAGUUCAAUAUUAAAGAUGGCCAAUCCAGAAUGUAUCUCGAUUAUGUCAACAAGGAACUGUGCUAUUAUCGAAAGAGUUAUACGAGCAUAAAUAUAUCUUGCUUGGAUUAUGAUGGUGUUUUGUUGAAAAACAUUUCAUUUCCGGAAGGGAACGUUAGUGCAUUUACUGUAGUCGGAGAUUUUCUUUACCUCCAGAAAAUGGACGCAAUAGUGAUUCAGGAGAUGAAUGUAUCCACGAGUGUUGUAUAUCGAAACAUUUCUUUACCAAAAGCGUUUCCCCGUUUGAUUGACCUUGCCAUCGUUGAGCGAUCCCAGUACCCAACAGGUAAGAUAAAAACAAUAUGCUUUUGUGACAUUCGUUUGCAUAAAAUUCUAAAUUUCCGAUCAGGAAGUGCAAAGUUUUCUUAAAGUCUGUUUUCUUAAAUUGAAUGUGGACUGGUUGCAAAAUUCUGGCAACAGGUUGUGAAUUUUGUUGGAAGAAUUGUUACACAUUGAUUGGUAAAGCUGCAUAGUGAGUUUUCGUGGUGGAUUCUUAUGGUGCUAACGCAAGGCAGAAAAAAUACAAGAGAGAGCCCUCUUCUCUCUUUUGUAUCAUCUCAUGCUUGACUUGAUGGUACGUGGGUAAUGCAUGAUGAAAAACUGGACAUGUAUAAUCAAGAGAUGAUCUAAUGCACGUGCAAUAAUAGGCUACGAGAUCUUUCGGUGAGGUCUGUGCUCGCUUUUAUAAGUUGAACGAGAAAGUACAGUUUUUUAGAGGAUUUCUUAACCAGUCCCUCAAUAUGAUCGUUCCAUGUUAAGUUGGCGUUAAUUGUAACUCCAAGCAACUUUACGCUUUGCACUGACUCGAUGAAAUUUCUCCUUAAUUUUACAUAAUUCUUGUAUAUUUAACUACUAUAUUCCAUAUAUAACUACUAUAUUCCAAUUUGUACCCCGAGGUACAGUACCCCAUGCAGAGAGCAUUUCCCCCCACUCUGACACACAAUCUUUUCCGUGUUUGACUCUCUGUGAUCUUUUAAAAGAAAAUCAAAUUGAUUAUGCUAUUGGGAAUUUUGACCUGUAGUUUGAAUUUAUCGAUUUAUAUGCUAUAGUUUAUGAGAUCCAAGGCCAUGCGGUAGUCAAUGAGGAAAACCCGACCAACCGCUCCAUUAUCGUCCAUUGCCUCCAACCAUCGGUGCACCAUACUGAUAAGUGCCAAAACGGUAGAAGAGCCAGAUAUGGUAGUCUUGGUAGAAGAGCGAGAUAUGGUGCCAAACUGGUUUGAGUCAACAAUUCUUUCUAAAGCCGGUUUGAUAUAAUCGGGCACUACGAAAUCUUCUGCUAAUUUCGAAAGGGAAGGGGUCAGAGAAUUCGGUCUUUCUUGGGGUCGAGUUCUUUCUUGGGGUCGAGUCAUCUCAUCGCGUCAGUGCACUAACGGGCAUUACUUCUGCUAACUUGAAAACGGAAUAUAACUACUGUUCCUUGUAUGAAGCGUUUAAAAUGUUUUUAAAUUAAACAGUAUUUCGGUAGAAUCUGUCUUUGUUAACAGCAUUUCGGUACAAUCUAAGCCAAUACCUGCAAAACUAGUACAAGUAUUGUCCUGAAAUAUUUAUAUGGGCUUUAUGUAUGGAAAAUUUGAUGAAAAAUAUUACGCGAAAAAGUUGUCAUGAAUACCUAUCAACCCUAAAUUUCAGCAUUUUUAAUUAUCUUAUAUAUACUGUAGUUACAAUGAAAGUAUAAGUACAUUUAAAUAAAGAGAAACAAUUUUUUUUAUAUACUACCUUUUUUAUAUUAACCUAACAGCUAAAAAUUACAAUUAGGAAAAUAAUUUUGAAAAUACUCGAAGUAGGCAUACCACCCACCUGUAAAGCCUGGUUCACACUAGCAAUUUUGUCGGCAAUUUUGUGUUUCUGACGGAUGCAAACGAGUGAACUCGCACACAAAAGUAUAGAGUCGCUUUUCAGAAGUGAACAAUUCUAAGUCUUUUACAUGUCAUUCAUUCCAUCACAUUUGCCAAGAGGAGAAAAAUUGCCGACAGAAUUGCCAGUGUGAGCCAGCCUUAAACGUUUUGUCGGGAUAUACCAAAUUGUGCAGCAGAUUACCGCUCCCCCUCCCUUCCUCCCAGUCCCAGAAGACCCAAAAAGCCCAGUCGGGAUAGGGUUAAUAACAGUCGAAGCUACAAACAAAUGGCGUAAGCUUAUAUUCAAGGAAACCAAAGAAUAUAAUAUGGUUAAUCGCAAGCCUCUAGUGAGUUAACUCAGGACGCAGUGCAACACGGGCGGUGAAACGCGCAGAUCAGUAAAUGACCGUGCCACGUGUGUUGAUACAUCAUAUAGGACUCGCACGAGCGCGCUUUCUUAAAAAAAUGAACAAAAUAACAUGCGGAUAAUUAUUCAUUGUGAAUAAAAGAUGAAAUUACAAUAAACUUUGUUAUUUUUCACCCUGCUCGGUUUCCUUUGUUCUUAGCGGGGAAUAUAUUCAAUAUUCCACUCUAAUCAAUUUCCGUUUAAUAAUCCCCUCUAAUAUUCACCUGCAAUUAAUAAUCCCCUCUAAUAUUCACCUGCAAUGUCUUUGCAGCACAAAAAAAUGAGAAAAAACAACAUCGCGAAGGCAAUAUGGCAUUGAGAAUUAUUUCUUUUCUGACUCAUUAACGCGACCUCGCAGUGUGAAAAAUAAGUACGUUAUUUUGAGGCACCUCGGGGAUAUGUGUUUAUUCACCUCGGCGCUGCGCGCCUCGGUGAAUAAAUCACAUAUCCCCUCGUUGCCUCAAAAUAACCUAUACUAAUUCGGUGCAGGGGCGUAGGAACGACUCUAAAAGUGUGUGGGGGGGGGGCACACUUAGCGCUCGCCGAAAGCGGGUAACAUUCUAUGGUGGUCCGGGGGCAUGCCCCUGGAAAAAUUUUGAAACUGAAGUGUCUGAAAUGCCAUUUCUUGCACUUUAGAAACUUUAGAAGCAGAUUAACAGAGUUCAAAAGAUAACAAAAUAUCAUAGACGUAGAAGUAGUAUCAAUUAACUUUGUGGUUUAUUAUUGACCAUUGUUUUAAAGAGUGAGGGGGGGCAAAGACAUUUAAUCCCCCCCAACUAAAAAAGUGGGAGGGGGAGGGGCCCCACGGCCUUCCCCGCUUCUGACGCCCCUGGUUCGGUGACAUGAUGUAGUGGCUUGUGCCUUUUCCUGCAUGUUGAACACGAAAAAGGCAAGUUAGGGGAAAUCAUAGGGUAAACAUUUAUUAAACAAGAAAUAUAUUCAGUGGCAAAUUUGAAGCGCCAACUAACUUGAUUUUUGCCCAUUGAGGUAGAUUGAGAUAAAAUUGAAUAAGAAAAUAAAAUUUAAAAAACUCGAAAAAUAAAAACAUCGUGAAUCCCAACAUAUUAAAGAAAAACAAUUUAAUUGAUUAUAUUUCCAUUCUUACAUCAGAAUCGUCAUCAUGCGGACCAACUGCUUUACAAAUAAAUGCAAACUUUUAUAUAUGUACCAGAAAUACACGAAUGCAGCAACGGUUCAGGAAGUGAGAAAAAUAUAUGUAUCUUAAAAAUACCAUUGUAUAUCGUUUUGUACUAUUAGGAAGGUCUUUUCAAAAUAUUUCUGUUAAAAAAAGUCUAGUUUCAAUAAAUCCGUGAAAUUUAAUACGUUUUUAGUUUUAAUUUUUAGACCUCGUUUUUGAAACGUUUUAACUGCAAAGAUUGCUUGUUUUAUUAAAGAUUUUGCCUUACUGUGUAUAAUUUUUCCCGAUUAGAUGGAUGUCCCAUUUCUCCCUGUGGUGUUAACGAAUAUUGUAGCAAGAUGAAUGGCGACCUCUCGUGUAAAUGUGGAUAUCCUUUUAAACGGAAUGGAUCCUCUUGUGAACUCGAAGAAGGUAUGAAAAAUGUUCAUAUGAUAAAAUGAAGGAUUUUCCUUUUUUCAUAUGAUGGGUUUUCUAUAAGAUAAAUUUAAUAAUUUUGUUUCCAAAUGAGCGCCCACCCGGACCACCCCUUGCUCGUUAAUAUUCUAUUUUGUAUGACGACGAUCCACUAUCCGACAGCUGACAUAGAGUGCCCAAGCGACUGCAGUCUGGAUAUAAAAGAUUGGAUUAAAUUUCAUUGCCAUUAUUUGAAUCAACUGUGGAGUUAAAUUUUUGAGGAAUGGAUCAGAAUAACUGUUUGCAGUAAACAAUGUACAGCAGCGACUGAACAGCCAAUCCGUUUAGUUAAUUAACUUGCAUUAGCUUGAUGCAUGUUUAGACAAAUGAAAUACAGUAGAACCCCGCUAACUCGAACUCCCAAGGGGAACGAAAAAUUGUUCGAGUUAGCGGGAGUUCGAAUUAACCGGACUUGGUGUCAGAUUUCGUUUAUUAUGUUAAUAAUUAAUAAGGUAUAAACGUUUUAUUAUACUGUUCAUCAAAAUUACAACAGGUUUAAUUGUGCAUCCCUAUAUAACUAAAGUUCUUUAUAGUCAGUAUCUUUUUAACUUGGGUGAUGGAGGAGGCAUGCAAUUUCCAUGCAAACUAAAGUUCUUUGGACAUGAAAAAUAUGUAGAAAUUUACAAAAGGAACUAAAAAAAUUAGAUCAAUAACAAUCGUCGCAACUAUGUGUAUGAUCUCCUAAAAUUUAUGAUCAUUUAUGCACCGAUUAAAUUGUUGUUAUUUGAAUAAAAAUCCAAGUUACCGGUUGUCAAAAUGCUAUGUUCUGACAUUUUAAGGUUUGCCGGUCCACGACUCGAAAACAAAGUUCGAGUUAACGGGAUAAAUUUGACCAAGGGAAAACAAAAUUUGUUCGAAUUAGCGAGGAGUUCGAGUUAAGUGAGUUCGAGUUAAGCGGAGUAAAUUACUAUAAAAAACAGUGUCAGAUCCAAGGAGAAUUGGAUUUAGUUCGAGUUAGCGAGGAGUUCGAGUUAACGGGGGACUACUGUAUACUUAUGUGAUAUAAGUCAUAAAUGAGCUGUGAAAGACACUGUGCCAUCAACAACCAUCUAUUUACAUGGUACUUCAUAUAAACACAACCACACAGACACGCAACAGGAGUCCAUUAUUUUCUUGGUUAUUGAAUCUUCGAAGUAGAUUAUAUGCUAUCGACAUGUUAACUGUUCACUAUUAACUGAUAUUAACUGUUCACUGUUAUCCUAGCCAAUCAGCGACCAGUAUUACCAAAAAUUACGUAAUUACAAAUCACGGGUAGGUCGCAAGACAAUCCAUUAAUAUGGCGGUAAAGAGGGGUUAAAAUUUAUGAUUUGUAUUUAUUCACUCAUUGAAAUAUGAUGACUUGUGGAUGAAAAUGGUGCGAAUCAAGGUAAAUUAAUCUUGGAACUACGUGUCUGUUUUGUAGUAGCAUGCUUGCUGUACACUUUUCAGAAAUUUACGAAAUAGUACGUAUUGGUUUUCGAUUAAGCGUCUAGCCGUCUACCAUGUUUCCUAUUUGGAGUCAUCUGGACACCUGAUAGGCAUUUCCGCAUUUGAAUCCGUUUUGGCGCUCGAAUGAAGGCGAAAUUUGGUAAAUAUGAGCUACAGAAUUAUUUUAAAGUAUAACAACCAGCGAAGAAGUAAGCCACUAAGGUUUCGAGUAAAAUUGGCCCAUUAAGUACUAUUUAAAACACGACAACGAGUGUUUUGAAUAGCUUAAAAUACGACUACAAAAGAUUACUAAUUAGGAUGAACAAUUACAUAAUCAUACUAAUUAGGAUGAACGAUUAUAUAAAGAAUACUAAUGAAGAUGAGUUUUAUCAGAUAUCACAACCUAAAUAAUUUACCAGAAGUAUUUUCAAAUUAUUUUGUAACAAAUAGUCAGAUUCAUCAGCAUAACACGAGAAAUGCACAGAAACUACAUAAGUGUUAUAAUAGAACAAAUUACGUAAAACAAACUUUAUCAACCAAAGGAGUUGAAAUAUGGAAUAAACUAGAUCCAAAUUUCAAAAGUAUAAAUUCGUUAAGUACCUUUAAAAAACACAUUAAACAAAUAUUAUAAACGUAUUGUAUCUCAACUGCAUGUCUUCAUAGCUACUAUAGUCUUAUUUUGCACAUCACAUUUCCUUCGUUAAUUUGUAAAUAGUUCUAUAUAUUUUAAAACUUUUUUUAUUCGUUGAACAAUGUCUGUAAUUAUAUUGAUAAAUUUUCAUAACAUGAACAAAACUAGGGGCCUAAAUUAAAAAGCCUGUAAAGGUUUCUGGACUCUGGUAGGUUCGUAGCCCAACAUUAUUAUUAGAAAUCUAUCUUUAUAUAAAAAAAUUGUACAUAGGGAAAAAUUCAUUAAAAAAAAAAGAUGACAUCAUCACAAAUUGAGUUAAUCCUUCUUUGCUUCCGUUGCGUUUUUGCUAUUUUUUUAUCAGGACCACCUAUGAGGUAAGUGAAAAAAUCCAACAACAUGUCAGAAAUUUCAACUUUUACUCUUAUUAUAUCAGCAAGCUUCACUUCGUCUGGUGUUGCUACUUUCUCAGCAUCUAUAAUCGAUUGUCUUAAUUCAAACGCUACGUCCCCCAUCUUGGCCUUUAUCUUUGUUUUGAUUGAAUUUUCUCUUCUAAAUGCUUCUUCAUCCGAGAUUUCACUGCUGAAUACCAGGUUACCACGCCUUGUCUUUCCUUUAAUGAUUUCUAUUCGAUUUCAAAUAGUCUGAUACAAUGUAUUCACAGAACAAUGUAUUCACAGAUCAGACAGACAGACAGACAGACAGGUAAUUUAUUCUCUGAACACUAUUUCAGCAAACAAUAUGUCUGACUUUUAAUACAUUUAGUAAGACAGUAUGGAUCAAGCUAUAGGAUGGCGUUCAUGAGAGUCUGUGCUCAGUAAGUUAAUGUAAUUCAUAUGCUCGAGGUUUACCAUUAGACUCUAGCUAUAUAUAGCAGAUUCAAUGGACCUUUAACCUGAUAACUAAAAUUUUGAUCUAGACAAAAAUUUCAUCACAGCUUGAAAAAGCAUCACAAAAUUAGUAAUAUUCCGAAGUUUCGUUGCGAAAUGUUGUAAAAUGAGGAUAAUAUAGCCUUGCGAAGUUUGCAAUUUUCAGUCAUUUUAGAUUACAAACGGGAAAUUGAUACCCAAACACCCGAUUUUGGGUAUCAAUUUCUCGUUUGUAAUCUAAAAUCAGACUGAAAAUUGCAAACUUCGCAAGGCUAUAUCAUCCGCAUUUUACAACAUUUCGCAACGAAACUUUGAAAUAUUACUAAUUUUGUGAUGCUCUUUCAAGCUGUGAUGAAAUUUUUGUCUGCCAAAAUUGCCUUUGCAGCAUGAAGUAUGUCUUCUGUUGUGAGUCUUCUAUUCGUCUUAUGUAUUCUUGCAAAGCCAAAUUUCAAAGUUUAUGAAUCUUAAUAAUCAAUAAACCAUCAUCCCUUGCGCGCUCAGAGUUCAAGGUUUAAGUUUUUGGAACGACAACCUUAGUUGAAUUAGCUGUAUAUAGAGGAUAUUAGACGAUUGCAAGCAGAUAUGGAUUUAUGUUCGAGUGGCAAAACUAGUUCGCUCACGAGUGAGUGCACCGAACGAGUGAGAUUUUUUUUGACACGAGAACAUAAAUCCACUCAAAGACGACAUGAAAAUAAGCUGUGAAAGAUCAGUAUAAAAGCGAUAUUUUUCAAAUUAUAAUGCAAAUUAAACAUAAAAUUUAUCUCAAGAUGUUUUUUAAAUGUUUUUGUUUUAUUUCCAACGUUAAUUUCGUUUUAAAUACGACCCAAAGACCAUUUGUAUUUUCGAAAAAACAACAAUGAAAAUGUCACUCGCAAGCGUGAAAUAAGGAAAAUACGCGCAUCUGGUCAUGGUUGUAGUGGCAUAUGAGUUCUACGAGUGUUUUAGUUUCCUGUAAAACACCAUUGUCCAUAUAACUAAAUAUGCAUAUGUAUAGGCGAUAAAUUGCGUUUAUUUUUGAGGCAUCUCACUUGAAUGAAUAAUAUUUGAUGGGUAUUCUAGAAGGAACACGUUGAGUGGAAAUGUAUAUACAUUUAUUAGACCUAAUCAGGAACAGAAGCGAAUAAUGCAAAUUUAGGUCUCCAGCAAGAAUUGAACCUGCGGCCCUUCGAUUCUGGUGCAGCGUUACGUACCAACUGAGCUAUACCCUAUUAUAUAUACAUGCUUUGCCUGCAGCUGGCUAUUUGGUAUAUGUAUUGCACUAAAUCAUUGUUACUAUUUCAUGUAUGUACUUGUACUUGAUUUUACCUGCUUUGUAGCUUAUGAUAUUAAUGAGAACAAUUGUUUAGACUGUGACAAUUUUCGACUGUUUCAACACUAUAAAUUCUGAUCGUUCAGAUAAUGUUUUAUAAGCAAUAGUUCAAUUAACAUGUUCAACGCAUUCAGUGUUAUAUUUAUACUGCACCUUUCUAAGCACACCCAUCUUUACUAGAAGAGAACAAAAACCAAUUCUAUUACGUCAUCAGCCUAAAUCGUGUGACGUUGUAGGAGAGAGAGUAGAACGCAUGCGCAAAUCAGUUGUGUUGUUCACGCGCCAGUGACUAUUUGAUGUUUUUGGAGCUCGAAGAAUUGUACUUGAAAUCAGUCCUGAAUCGUGCCUGAAACCCAUCCAAAGACGAAUAAUUCAGCUAAGUUUAUAUAUUCAUGUUAUAGUGUCUUGUUAGUGUGAAUUAAUUUAGAAUGUCGGCUUGCGAAGGCGAAGAUAUGGCUGAUAUAUUUCCGGCUGGCGAGAGGGAAGACCCUCCGCCACAGCAGUCGUCUAGUAACGGCUCGACGAGCACAUAAGACGAUCUUUUGUUUUCUUUUCUUCGAGAUAUGCGACAAAAUAAGACAUGCAAUUUACGCAUAAAUUGUUGGCACAAAUACUUACGUAAGGCAACACAAGCUCAUCUCAAGGAGAUGAAAAUUUUGGCGGGAAACGCAAAGCCACGAUGCUUGAGGACGACGGUCACAUUAACGCUAAAAAGCGUAGUAAGAAUACUCAUAUAGCUUCAGAGAAAGCACCAAAAGGCGCUUCAGAGAAAGCAAUAGAUAACGCUUCAGAGAAAGCACAAGAAGUUGUUUCAGACGAUGAAGUGCAUGAUCGGACUCAAAAUGAGUAA